AUGUUUGUGGAUGUAAAAUUGAAAACACCUAAGCUGAAGAACCCACUCCAUCAUUGUGAGUUUCCUGAGCUGGAAUAUUUAAAACCUGUUUUGAUCACUGAUGAGAAAGGUUAGUUGCACUCAGAUCACUAUGUUUUGCAUUGACAGUACAGAUAUCAUACUCAAUCGCAGGGAGUUGAAUUUGAAAAAGUUGCAUGCAGAUAUCAGGGUUGCCACCAACCUAUAUGAACAGGCUUUGUGACUGGUUGAUCAUAACAAUAAAAAACAAUGAACUAUAGAAAUUAGCUUUCUAAAGAACGAGUCAUAAACACUGAUCACAAUUGUCUCAUGAAGCCAAUCACAAAACACGAUGAUUUUAGGUUGGUAUUUACGGUUGGUAGAGAUAUCAUGAUGGGGAUGGUCCCCAUUGUGCUUUUCACAUUAGAGUCUCAAAGGACAUCUUUUUUCAAUUAUUGGUUUGCCCAUUUAUAUAGCAAGUGUUGUUGUGUAAAGUAAUGUGGAGGAUUGUAAAUAGUACUUCCUCUUGGAGUAAAUAAAUGUUUUUUGUUUAUUAUAGGAUUUCAACAUGAAUACCCAGUGAUGUUUUGUAGAUGCAAAAGUGAAGCAUGUACUUUAGUUGAACUAGGUCUUUGGCCUGCUACCCCUACCAAACCAGUAAUGGCCUUUACAUUUGGGUUAAUGGAAUUGGUGGAAAAAAUGUUUCUUGUUGCCAAGGUGUCAGUUCAGCAAUGUUGUGCAUCCCUUCCAGGAUUUUCAAAAUUUCCUGUAAGUAUAUAAUCAUGUAAUAAAUAUAAUGAUCACAAUAAUUCUCGUGAAGUGGUGUAACUUAGCGCUUGCCCAGGCAAGUGAAAAUCAUAACAGGCAGGUAUGUAGAAGUAUCUCCUUGGUUGCCCAAAUACCAGAUCCCGCAAGUUGUUUUGCAAGAAUAAGCUGGCCAACUUUAAGUAUAUUCUCAUUUAUCGAGUAAAAACUGUUUUCGUUUUCCAUUUGUGUUUUUUACUUGUGCACCCACGAUUCUAUUGGUAUAUUGUGAAUGUAGUAGCAUUCCAUUGUUACUGCAAAUUUUGCAUCAAAUUACUAUGUGGGCUAGAUUUGAAGGCAAGUGGAUUUCAUUCAGGGCAACCGAUUUUAAUGUCCAACUUGCCCUGAUGGCAGGUGGUCAAAAAAGUUAAGUUACACCACUGUCAUGUAAAGUGCUCUCGUGCAAUGUAUUGACAAUACUCAAUAGUUCUGAUUGGGUAGGUAAUUGUCUCUUUGCCAUAUAAUACUUACUGUACAAGCAAUAAAAUAGCAAUAUAGCUCAAAGAGAAAACAGGGUGUUAGUCCCAAUAUGUGCUUAGUCAAAGUAAUAUUAAUUAAGCCAUGAAUUUAUAAUUUUUUGGUGUUGGAAUUUUUAAACUUCUAGAGACCUGAAGUGGUAAUAAAUUAUAAUGGAGAAGAACACUUGGAACAAGUGAUGAAUGUAAUGUAUUUAUAUAAACAGAUAUGUUGUUACCGGUACAUCUAGUAAUACUUUGGACUCGUUAAUUCAGUGUAAAUAUACUGUAGAGCUGUGCGGUUAACCAAAAAAAUUCGGUUCUUCCGGUACUUUUUCAGCCCCCGAAAAAUUAUACAUUAAUUAUAUAUUAUUAUUCUAAUAUACUGCAAGAGAGUUUCAAUAAACAUAAAAUAAUAAUAACAUUAAUUUACAUUACAUUUAAUGUAUUUAUAUUAAACAGGUAUGUUGUUAUGAUUUAGCUGUAAUUAUAUAUUAUGUAAUAUAUUAUUUUGUUAUUUUAGUUUUCAGUCCAUGAGCCUUCGAUUUUCUUUAUUUUCUGUUAAACACUUUUUGCAUGUCUAAAUAAAGAAUCAAGGUGUCACAGUAUAUAUACGAAACAUACAUGUAACCAUAAAUUAAAUUUGUUAUCAUGCAAACCUGCAAAGAUUUAUUGAUUUGUAAAUUGUACCCCUAUUGAACCUUUCUUUACAGCUGUAGGGUCCACAACAUGUAUAAUUUCCACCAGUCUCUGUGUAAAAAAUGGUUGACUAUUGUAUAUUCAUAAUUAUAAUAUAGCAUUUGUAAAUUCUUAACGCUGAUUGGCUGAGAGCCGUGUUGAUAUAACUCAAUAUCAAUGCGGAAACGUCAGAAAAUUUCUUUCUCGAAAAUGUGUGAAACACUCCGCCCUUCAGGUGUCGUGUUCCCACACAAUUUCUCGAUUUCCCAAUUUCCACUCGUGUUGAUAUACAGUAACUGCACGGAAAAUUUUUAUAUUGUUAAUUGUACUAAUUUCCCUUUAGCGUAACAUAUAUUUUUACAUUUUUUGUUAGAUUGCACACAGACCGAUUGAAAUAUAUAGGAACAUGCUUGAUGCAUUUGAAGAGUUUAGGUAAAAUAAUAAAUUAGUUGCUAAAACCUGGCAGUUUUACUCAUUAAAAAGAUCUUAUAAUUAUGAUUAAAUAUUCUGAUUAAAUUUAAUAUUUAGGCAUUUUAGGUUUGACUUGCGUGCACUAAAAGAUAUAUGCCCUGAACGUGAUGGAGAAAACAUUUGUCCCGCAUGUCCUAAGGUAUGUUUAAGUGAUGGAAAUUAGCCAUGCAACUGUAUAUUCCAGCAAUAAACAUCAGUCAGUUUGUACUGUAUCUGAUGUGCAAGGUGAGCCAUGAUAAAUCAGAUACAGACCAGAUUCAAAUGUUUUAUAAACCAUUUUGGUGAUACAAUUCAUUUGAAACAAGAAUAUUGAAGCUAAAAUUUAUGUAAAACAGGACUAAAUCAUUAUCCCCUUCAAAGAUAAUAUUAUAAUUGAUUAAAACUUCAUUUUGGCGCCCAGCUGUACCCUACUUUAUUAUUUACUCUGCCUGGCACCAGACGAUUUUACUUGUCAAGGGGAGAGUGCUGCCUCUCAGUGAGUUAAUUAGUAUUAAUUAUUUUAAAGGAAAAUGGUGUUUUAUAUGAAUCGUUUGAUGCUCUUUUUGGACUACCAAGGAAGAAGUCAUCUGGUGUUAGUGUAUUGGAGCCUGUACGAUCUGGUCUUCUCUUUGCUGAUCAGCAAGUUGUAGAUAAUUUUGUCAACAAUUAUCAAGAUAAGGGUUCUGAUAGUGUAUGUACUGCUUUCAUAUUCUUACUUUAAUAUUCCAGAGUGAUUUUACAUUUCAUUUCACUAACAUAUAAAAUUAUGUACGGUAGAGUGUAUGUGAUAAGUUGUACAUGGAGAGAUUCGUUUGACGUUUAAAACAUAUUAUUUUUACCUACGUUGUAGGACUGCAACAAUUUCUUGGCCGGCAAUGCGUUGAGAUCUAACCAGAGAUUUGCAGGGCUAGACGAGACAGGGAUAUUCGGUAGAGCAUGCAGACACGAAUUUCCAAAAGCUUUUGUAAAUUUAAAACAUGGUGAAAGGUAUGUGAAGUACAGUACAAUUUACUCAGUCAUGGUGAACUGUUUCUUUCAGGAUACGCAAUAUCAGUUACCAAAGUACUUUGUAUUUAGGUUACAUCGUAUCUAGUUGUAUAUACUGUGUAUACAAGUUUUUUAAGAGUUUUUGUAGAAGAAAUUUCGAUUAUAAAUUUGAUAGUCGGUCCGCAGAGCACUGCCUCGAAAUCGUUGGAUCGCAGUUUCAAUUUCGCCUAUUGAGGGAAUAUAGUUAUAUUUAUUGCAAGUACUCCUGGUUGAGUCUUAAGAAGUAAGAAUUUUCAUCUACAAAAACUCUUUCACAUUUAGUGAGAUGCCAAAAUCCUGGUGCAUUCAUGACAAAUGUUUAUAUUGCAAGAAGAAUCUGCAAAAUACCGUGUAGUUUGUGAAUGUACGUGAAAAAAGGUUCAUUAGGUUUAAAGGUUCAUUAGUUCAUAGCCAUAGGUUCACGCAGUGUUUCUUGUAUUUAGAAUUUCAUACGCUGUUUGGCUUAUCAACGAUAUGGUGUCGAAAGCGAAGGAGAAAAAUAUGAGCUACAAUGUUUUGUAUGAUAUUUCUUGUAUACUUCACCGUCAUUUGCAGGUAAAUACAUCAUGGCAGAAGUACUCUCGCAUUAUUUUUGUCAUACAGAACAAUUUCUUUUUUAUCGUACAGCAAGAUUUACUUAAAAUUAUUUACUUUUAAUAAUUCUAGAUUAUUACUUUUGUUUAGAAUUCAGCGGAAUUCUCAGACAUUUUGGCCCAUAUCAAUUUGGCUAUCCCGAUAUUUCACGUGUACGGUCAUAAAGCUCAAUGUCAGGUAAAUUUUCGCCCUCCUUCCAACCAACCAAGCAAUUAAAAAAACAACCGACCAAGCACAGUACCAACUAAGUAUUCUUUAUGUUCAUGUAGAUUAUGUAUAGUCCUAGACGGGUGGAAGGAUGUGGCCUCACUGAUGGUGAAGUGAUGGAGCGUUUGUGGUCGUACCUGAGAGGUUUUGCAUCAAUUACUAAGGAGAUGUCUCCCUCUAGGCGAAUUGAUGCAUUAACCGAUUGCUUGCUGCAUUACGGUCGACAAAGUAAGUCCAAACUUGGAGAGAGGUUAAAACGCCGGAUGGUGCGAGCAAUGGAACUGCAAAAAACAGCAAUAGAGACGUUUAAUGAAAUGGUGAAUUCUAUUCCAGGUAGAUAUUUAGAGCCUAUUUAGUCCAAAACGCAGAAAUUUUCAUGCUUACAGUGAGGAUACCGGAUUCACUUGUCACGACAUUGACAUACAGUAUACUGUUCAGGACUAAUGUCUGCCCACAAAAUUUGCCCCUUUGACAAUUUUCAUGACAGUUUUUCUUUUGUUUUGUCAUAUUUUCGCAAUUUCAGGGGUGGAUUUCGCAGGGGGUGCAGGGACAAGCGAAUCCAGUGUCUUGUAUCUGGGAGCUCAAUGUAUGGUGGUGUUUUGUAUGCAUAGUAACCUAUAGCAGAAUGUAGAACCGUUUACCAACCAACUUCAGCAAUCUUUUGCAUUGGUCGGAUUAUGAAAACUACAUAAAAUAUUUCCCAAUUUAAAUUUACAUGCGCGAUAUAUCCUCGACAUCGCGAGUUCCUAGAACAUUUACAUGAGUUCCUCAAAAUGUCGACAACUUCCUGGUAUUUGCUUUAAAUUGCUCAAUCCUUGAACGCAGGACGUUGAGUGUAGAUCGACUUUGUCGAAUAAAUCGUCAACAAACGUCGAGGCAAUUUGUCAACAAACGUUAUAUUAACAACUUGAUGAACUCGUCAAAUGAACUGCAUGGUAAAUAAAAGUUAGGAAAUGAACUGAUCAACAUUUUUCGGAACGCUUCUAUUGCCGUCAUUGUAACGCUAAUGAAUUCCUCUCGGUUGCUCAUGCAUACAUUAUCUAGUAGAAUCUGUUUUAAUUUUUACUAUAUGAUGUUCAGGUUUUGACAUAGCACAAAUCGAUACGUGGCUGAAUGAUGAAAAGGAGUAUUUCUCUCAUAAAAACACUGUAAACGAAGGUAUAGUUAUUAGAUUAAAAAUAAUACCCGAACACAUACUGUAUGUGUAUACCUGGAGUAAACUUGUUGUUACUCAUACUGUAAUUGGUGGUGAAUGUGCAACUUUUUGUAUUGCAUAUAUAUAGGUCAGCUGGUAGGGCCAUUGGAGGAGUGGAAGGAAAAGUAUUUUGUAAAGCUUCAACGAUAUUACUGUUUGAGGUUUGUUUAUAUACAACUACAGUAUCUGACGAAAAUGCACUUAACCGACACCAUGUUUUCAACUAUUUAAAUCUGAAUUGUAUUCUUUGUAGAGAUGAAAGCGUUUUGCAAGGAUCAGGAGAUUAUAGUGUCGCAGAGGAAACGUGUAAUAAGUAA